GACAAGUCAUCUGUCCCACAUGCGAAUCCACCACCCUUCGGAACAUGUCAAUUGCGAUGUUUGUGGCGAAGCUUUCAUAGGAGAACAUGGGUUGCGGAUGCAUAAGAAAAAGGCACACAAAAAUAUGGACACGAAAACAGAACCGGAAUCAGAAACCCGAUGUACAAACUGCAAAGUGCAGUUCCAGAAUGCAGACGCUUUCAAACGACACACUAACAACGCUAACGGACUGUGCGAUGUCAAUUUCAGGUACUGCGCGAAAUGCGGCGAGAGCUUCAGCACAGAACUGGACCUUAAGAAGCAUUUGAAGCAGCACGCCAAGGAGGAGCGGAAGAUGAAGAAGAAAGUCGUCAGGUGUGAGGAGUGUAAUCUAACAUUCGGCGUGGCGCGCUCGUACUCGCUCCACUACCAACAAGUGCACCUCCGCCUGCCUCCAGCGACCUACCCCUGCUUGUCGCGGCCGGCGCUGGCUAUAUGCGACGUCUGCGGCAAGAAGUGCUCGUCGGCGGCGGCGCUCCGUAACCACUUACGGAUACACACGGGCGAGCUUCCAUUCCAGUGCAGCGAGUGCCCCAAGCGGUUCCGAGUCAACGAGCGGUUGCAGAUCCACCGUCGCAUCCACACAGGAGAGCGGCCGGUUAAAUGCAGUUACUGCCCCAAGGCCUUCCGGCACAAAGCACAGCUCAUCAGACAUGUUCGAGUGCACACAGGAGAGAAGCCGUACCCUUGUGCACACUGCGGCAAGUCUUUCUCUUUGAACUACACGCGGAAGGCGCACAUACGCACUGUGCAUAUGGGCUUACCUAGCGGGGCAGGGGGCCCCUUACCGGAUGUUUUUUAUGGCGCCCCUCCAAGUUUGUAAGCGAUUCUGAUGAUUUUAGGGUACCCCUUUGAAGCGAUUCUACUGAUUUUGUUUGUAACUCAAACCUAUAAAUGUCCCAUUCCAAUUUUAUUAUAAAGGUGCCCCUUCUCUCUAACUAUAAAAUUUUGUCUAGUUCCAUGGGCCUUUCAAAUUUGAUUUGAGCCAGACUGUAGUCUUCUGCCAGUUUUCACACCAUCAAUCCCUAAUUUUUAAGUGACCCCUAUAAAAGGAAUUUUGUUUUCAUAGGGGUCACUUAAAAUUAGGAUUGAUGGUGAAAACGAGUAUGAUUAGCACGACACAUAAUUUCAGAGUCAAAUAUUUAUAUAGAUGCCUCAAGAUGUAAAUAUAAGGGCGGGCCCCUAGAUGUAAAUAUAAAGGCGCCCCCAAACUUAAAUGAAAACGACGAACGAAGCCGAAAUAGUCCAUAAAUCUUUAGAUAUGUAGUAGAUCUGUUAUUUAUAAAAAUAAAUAUUAUUCCGCAGCUAAGCCUAGGCGCAGACCACCAACUUUUAUUAUUAUUAUUACUGACGGGAUUGCUACCAUGUAUCCUAAUUUUGAGUUUCCGAUAUUUCGGAACUGUUGCAAGCGCCAUGGUCACAGAGUAACUGAGGAAACUGGUAGCAAUCCGGUCAGUAAUGAGUAUUUCUCAAAAAAAAUGUACAUCUUGAAAAAAAAAGUGAGCUUUGAAACAGUUCAAAAGUUUUAUAUUUAUAAAUCAUCACACAAAAAAAAACACACACAAUUUUGAAGGAUGAAUAUUAAUCUUUUAGAUAACGAAGAAUUAUAGCUAUAAUCCUACUUAUUACCAAAUAUUUAGAUAUUUUAAAAAUAGUCCUUUUUUACCUUUCAUACAAAAACCUGUUUGCCACCCUAUCUUUUUCAUGUGUUUUUGUUUUAUAAAAUGCGAUACGUAACUAAAUUAUUGUAAAUUUCUUUGUAUUAUCGUUCUAUAGUAAUCGCAGUUUCUGUAUCAAAUUGAUUUUCUAUGGGGUGAUAUAAUAAUUAGCAAUUUAAAGCAAAAAAACAAAAUGAGUCGCUCUCAUUUACUAUUUCGUUAUUUACUCUUUAGUUACGAUUAUUUCUACUUUCCCAUGGUUUCUGAACAAUUCCAUAUUUUUUUUACACGGUCAACAAUAGCUGCACUCCGAAUGGCUGUUGGCCUGACGUCUCCGCCAUAACAUCUAUCGCGAAAAUCAGUAAAAACGUGUGUGUUUUGUGGGAUUACUUUUUCGUAACAGGAAGUAAAAUCAGCGAUUUUAUAUAGAACGGUAAGUCUUCAUUUAACCAUUUUUUGUAAUACGUGUGGUACGAACAUUUAGUAAGCUUUUAUAUUUGCUGUAACAGCUUUUAUCAAAAAAAUACUUGUUUCUGAUCUCAUUUUGUCUAAUAUUUCGUUACGUUUUUUACGAAUUUCGUUACGUUACGAAAAAGUACAACAUAAUGCUGAGUGUAUACUGUUAUUACCUGACUAAGCAUAGUAAUAUUCACUACUUAAUUUAUUUAAAAAAAUAUAGAGCGUCAAUAACAAAAGGAUUGGAUACUAUCUGCUUUACAGAAGUGCCACCAGCAAAAAAUAAUCAAAUCAUUUAGAUUACGUUUUUAUGUGAUUACUUCUUUUGUUUUUUUUAGGAAUGCCGCCAAAAACCAAUGCCGAAAGGCAAAAAGCUUACAGAGAACGACUCAAAAUGGAUAAACAUGAUGGAACAAAAAUAAUUUUAUUAAAAUAGUAUGAAUGAUUA